AUGGCCGACGAAAUCAUAGCGAGAUGUUCUACGCUAUCAAUUACAGAGGAGGAAGAGAUCGUCAUUGGUGUCAACGAGAUAAUCGAAUCGGAUGAACGCAAUGAUUUGGAUCUUUCUAUUGUGGGGAAAAUAAUGACUACAAGACCUUGCAAUUUUGAAGCUUUUAAGAAAACGAUGAAUCAGAUCUGGAGUAUUUCAAAGGCAGCACUUUUUCGACAAAUUGAGAGUGGCCUGUUUGUUGUUCAAUUUGCCUCGGUAAGAGACCGGGCUAAGGUCCUUGCAGGGCGACCAUGGACUUUCGAUAAUCAUCUGAUCCUAAUGAAGGAGCUUGAAGGUAGCUUUCAACCGUCGGAGAUUAUCCUCUCUCACUCACCUUUCUGGAUUCGUCUGUACAAUCUUCCGCUGGAUUGUAGAACGGAAAAACAUAUUCGACUUAUUGGAGGGAGUGUGGGAGAAAUUCUGGAAGUUGAACACUCGGGAGUAUUGUGGGAUAAAUCGGCCCGGUUGAAGGUACUGUUGGAUGUUUCUACACCACUUCGUCGAAUCCUAAAAGUUCGAAAUUCUAAAGGGGUGGUGGUGGUUGUUGAAGUAAAGUAUGAACGCCUUCCUACUUUUUGUUAUGUAUGUGGGCAAAUAGGGCAUAUUGAACGUGAUUGUACUUUAGAAUCUGAAGAUGAGAGAGGUGUUGAGAAGCAAUGGGGAGCAUGGCUCAAAGCUUCCCCACGCCGUGGUAGACUAAUGAUGGAGGAAGAAGUCAAAAACUUUCUCAAAUGCUAUAAAUCACUGGCUUUUGAGAAUCAGGUGAAGCAAGCCACCGAACACUCUGAGCAAGUUAUACCAUGCAGUAAAGGACAAGAAAAUCCUUCUUGUCAUGUGGAAGAAUUUGAUGCGGUGGACCACGUGGACCAUGUGGGAAUUAAUGUAACUAAUUUAAUGCCUACUCCUAUAUCUACUGUACCUAUUUCAUUAGAUUCUAUCACUGACAUUCAUACAGUAAGUCAACUUCCUCCUACUAUUUUCUCUAUAGGAAAUGGGGUGCUUUAA